CGGCAAAUAGUUACACACACACACACACACACACACGUCCUAGGGAACAGGGCUUGCCAGGAACGAGGAGCCGUGGGAGCCAGCACUGCCACAGUAGCGUUGGGAAGGUGGGGUUAAGAUACCUGGCUCCUCUGCCCUGGGCUCUGACUGCAGUAUCUGCCCCUGCCAUGUGGCCUGCACUCAGCUAUGCCUCCUCUUCACUGAGCCCAUUUGAGAUGCACUCCCGUCUUCCUCUUUUCUGAUUGUAAGUCACAGGGUCAAGUGCUGAGUGGUGCGGCCACAGAGGGAACUCGGAGCUCUAGAGUGAGCAGGGUGAGAGAGCAGAGGGGCUUAGCAAGCAAGGGGGCUUGGGGGGAGGGCAGGAGUGCUGCAAAGGACCAUGGCGGAGGCCAUCACCUACGCGGAGUUGCGGUUUGUGAAGGCUCCUCUGAGGAAGAAUGUCUCCAACACGGGGCAGGACUCUGAUGAGGAUGGGGAGGUCACCUACGAGAAUGUGCAGGUACCUUCAGCCCCAGAGGCGCCCGCAGGUCUGACGCUGCCCUCCGGAGCAGGGGACCAAACAGUGGUCCAGAUAGAGCAGCAGCCAGCCACGUCCUGGAGCAACACUGCCUCCCCAACUACCAAGAGGAUAUACCUGUGUCAUGGCCACCCCUGCUGCUCACAGCACCUCCUGCUGGUUCUGCUCCCCACCUGCCUGCUGCUGGGGGUGGCUGCCAUCUGCCUGGGAGUGCGAUAUCAGCAGGUGUCUCAGCAGUUUGGGCAGCUGAGCAUGCAGCUGGAAACUACCAACAACAGCCUUCAGGAGCAGCUUCACUUUGGAACUGUCCAGCUGCAGCAUAUGGAAAAAGACCUGCUGGACUCCAAGGAAGAGCUGGCCCAGAGACAGAAAACACUAGAAGGGGAGUUGAAGGCGCACCAGGCUGCACAUGAACAGCUGCAGCUCUGUCAGGCCGACAGGGAGAAGAUGCAAGAGACCCUGCAGAAGGAGGAGGCACAGAAGCAGACUAUGCAGCAGAUGCUGAGCCACCUGCAGGGCACACUGAGGCCCUUCUUCACCUGCCCCUCACAGGACACCUGCUGUAUGGUGGGCUGGAGACUGAUCCAGAGAAGAUGCUUUUACAUCUCACUCACUAAGAGAGAUUGGCAGGAAAGCCAGAAGUAUUGCAAGUCACUGUCUUCCAACCUCACCACUAUCAGAGACACUUGGAGUUCUUAUUCAGAAAGUUCUCCCUGGAAGGGCUUAUUGUCGGAGUUAUCCCAGGACACUCCAUAUUGGACUGGCCACAGCUUAAUCAAGGACCAGUGGUGGAGUUCAAGCUGGUGUUCCGCAAUAGAGCAAAGCUAUUACAGCUCUUUAUGGUAUCAGAAGACAAAGGAGUGCAGUAGCUCUUUUCCCUGCAUCUGUGAGAUGGCGUCUUUCAGGUUUCCAGACGGGGACUACUCUUUGCAGAAUUCAGGUGUUCAUGCCUAGAAUCCGCUGGGCUGUCGCCUCUGUCCUGGGGCCUGCAGUGCUUACCAUCUCCUCACUGGACAGAGUCUAUUCAAGGCCUGACCCACACCUGACAUUUGUCACCAGCACUCUGCCUGCCUCAAACCUUGUCCCAGAAAUUGGUGUGUUCCUGGGAAAAGGAUGAAGAAGCUUCUAGAAGGGACUCUGGAGCUUAUGCCAAGAAACAUGCUCUGGUGGUAUGGGAGUGGAGACGGGGAGGAGGGUGCAUGGGCUGAGUGGUUGAGGGCAGCCCAGAGCCAGCUAGGCAGUUUGACUGAAAUUGGUUGAAAUAAUGUACACGUGUUA